AUAUUUUUUAGUCUCUAAUUAUUCCAAUAUAAACAUGGCUUCCAAUAGAUCAAACUUUGGGAUUCUGUUUUUCAAACGUCAGUGGAGACUAUUCGGUAUCAUGUUUGAUAAUAUCAAAUCAGCUUCAUCAAUCAUGUUUAUUUUUCUGUUUGUCUUGUCAAUGGCAUUGCAAGUUAUCAUCUAUGAAGCUGGUCUUGUACCAUCAAUGUAUUUUGAAGUUCUUGGUGCUAAAGACCAAGAUGCCUUCAAAAGUGUUGCAAUCUAUUCAAUGGAAAUUAUUAUCAUCAACGCUUUGAUGAAGAGUACUGUGACCUACCUUUCUCAACUGUUAUAUGUAAAAUGGAGGGGGAUGCUAUGUAGUCAUAUACAUACAAGAUACUUUACUGCAAACAACUAUUAUAAACUGAAUGUGUUGAAACCUUCUCUCGAUAAUAUAGAUCAAAGAAUUGUUCGUGAUGUAAAUUUGUCAUGUCAAGAAUGGAGUACACUGAUGUCUCGUCUUCUUGUUAUACCAUUCACUAUUGCAUACUAUUCUUACCAAUGCUUUAUCAGCACCACUUAUCUUGGACCAAUAUUCAUCUAUGUAUAUUUUAUUUGUGGAACAAUUAUCAAUAGAUUUCUUAUGUCUCCUGUUGUUAGGACCACUAUUACCAGAGAGAAGCAUGAAGGAGACUUCAGAUUUCAACAUUUGCAAGUGAGAGUAAAUGCUGAAUCAAUGGCAUUUUAUCAAGCUGAACAAAUUGAGAAUUAUAAAAGUAAUAAUAGAUUGCAGUCUUUACUCUGCAUACAACGUACUUUGUAUGGAUGGUCAUUCUGGUUGAAUUCAUCGGUCAAUAUAUUUGAUUAUGUUGGUGGAAUACUGAGUUAUCUUAUUAUUGCAAUACCAAUAUUUGGCGGAGAAUAUGAUGAUCUUGCUCCUGAAGAAUUGAGCGCUUUGAUUAGUAGAAAUGCCUUCGUUUGUAUAUAUCUCAUUUAUUCUUUUUCUCAACUUUUCGAUAUGUCAAGAGUCGUGAGUGAUAUUGCUGGGCAUACACACAGACUUGGAGAAUUACUUGAAGAAAUUGAUGAGAAUGAAUUUUCAGUAGAAAAACAAACAGAUAAGGAAGAUGAUGAUCAAUAUCAUUCUUUCACAAAUAUUGGAUAUCAAGAAAGUGAAGAGUCUGAAUAUACUGACAACUCUGAUGCUAGUGAUUUGGAGAAAAUUAUCGAGAGGUCACAGAAAGAUGAUAUUUGUUUUCAGUUAACUAACGUAACCUAUACAACACCGGAUGGCAGCAGUGAUUUGCUUGAAAAUUUUAGUCUAAAAAUUUCUGCUGGUAAAAAUUUGCUUGUAACUGGAGAAACUGGGUGUGGAAAAACAUCACUUUUCAGAAUUUUAUCCAAGUUGUGGGAACCGCGAAAUGGUACUGUUAAUAGAUUGUGUGAUAUCGGUAGAAGAGGAGUUAUGUUUUUACCUCAAAAACCACUGUGUACAGAUGGAACUAUAAAGCAAUUGGUGACAUAUCCAAGUAUGGAUGGAUAUUCUGGCUAUUCAUUGUCUAUCGAUCAUGAGAGAAUUAUGAAUAUAUUGGAUGAAGUGGGGCUGACUGAUUUAUAUGUUAGAAUGGGCGGAGUCGAGGAGAGGGAGGAGGUUAAUUGGGCAGAUAAACUCUCUCCUGGAGAAAUGCAGAGGAUUACUUUUGCUCGAUUAUUUUAUCAUGAACCGAAAUUUGCAGUCUUAGAUGAGCCUACAAGUGCUCUUAAUGUUGAAAUGGCGGACAUGUUAUUUGAGCUUUGCAAAGAGAAAAAUAUAACUUGUAUCACUGCAGGACAUAGUGAUCUGCUGUUGAAGCAUCAUGAUAUAAGACUUCAUUUGAAUGGUGAUGGAACAUGGAAACACUCAACUUUGCUUUGAGUACACAUACAAGCAACCAGAAAAAAAUAAUUUAGGAGACUGAUCAUGGUAAUCAGUUCAACUUAGUUUUUUCAAUUCAACUUUGGUGCAAUGAUAUUUAAUUAUUAAUUUUUUAUGAUUUUUAUAACAUCAGCAAUCAUGCUGUAAGUGCCGGUGCCAUUCUUCUUUAUUGGCGUGAAUUAUUGUUCUAAAUUUUCAUAUUUUAAUAAGCCUUGAUAUGUGCAUAUUCUCACUGUGAACUAGACUUGUAUAUUAUAGGCAUAUUGUUCCAUGCCACCAGUCGGAUGGGCGAUUUUGGGCGUUUACGAAUUGAGAACCAAAUUAACACCACAUCGCCAUUCUAUAUCACUUACAAAUCGAAACAGAUAUACAAAUUUGUUACAGUAUGAAGGGAUAUUUCAAAUAAUUUUGUUUUUGCAAUAUCUGUCUAAGCCAGCGUUUCCCAAACUGUGUUCCGUGGGAAUGGGAUCAAAAUUACGACUAAAUUGGUCGCCGUGGCGAUCUCGGGAUCGUGAAGUUGUCGACUGGUGACCGUCAAUAUCGCAUCACCGUCCACCUAAAGCCGACAACUUUUUGAGGGUAGUGGCAUCGUUAACCGUCAGUAUAGAAAGGUGAAUUGAAUUUAUUGAUUCAUAUACACAGCAUUUAAAAUAAGGAACAAAACAAUAUAAUAAAUGCAAUAUGUGAAGUAUUCAAUCAUAUUUUAGUUCUGUUAGUUUUCGCGGCGCAGUUCGCAACUCGCCACCCCUUUGGGAAACGCUGGUAUUGAGGGUAUUAUUGAACCAGAUUUUACACCUUGCAGUCUUAGUAGCUGUAAAAGUGUUAAUUUAUGCAAAUCUUGGGAAUUGUUGUGCAGGCAUCGUUAGCCCAGAUAUUCUGUUGCUGGUAUUAUCACUACCUUGAUCGAAAUGUCAAUAAAAACUAUUUUUUUUUGUGGAGUACUCAAUUUAUAGAACCAUUGUACAUAAAACUGGGAAACUAACGGAAUCCUAAGAAUCUGCCUGACGCAAGAUCUAGAUGGGAUUCGGAUCCAGAUGUGAAUAGAUCUCGACUUUAUUUCCCGGAUUCAUGUAUCGGCACAAUUUACCUUUGUUUAAUCUAAAUGAUAAAGCAACUUGAAAAGUAUAUUGGCCUACAGAAAAGAAUGAUAUUGAUGUUAAAUCAGGAAUUUUUUGAUAUGUAUGGAUAACGGUGCUAAAUUCUGAGAAAAAAGCCUCUUCGUGACUAUCGGACAAAUGGCUUGAAAUGUUCAGUACUACAGGGCCCGAUAUUUCCCCCCAAGUUUUAUUUAUUGUUCACGAAUAUUUCAUUAACUACAAUUUACUUAACGUUUUGCUGUUAUUGUUUGUAGUGGGUAUAGAAGCAAACUAUAAUCAACCAACGUAUCGUACGUUUGCAUAGAGUAGACGAUAUGAUUGAUUGAACUUCCAUCAGGACGUUGAAUAGAAAAAAAAUCACAGAAUAUAUACAGCUUGAUAGGGCCUAUUUUUAUCCACGACUACGAGCUAUUUAAAAAAACUUAAAAUAUAAUGGCAAUCACAAGUGUAGUAAAGAUAAAAGCAGUCUGUUCUAAAGCAAAUGCCGCUACUCCUAACAACGACGAUGUGAUAUAAGUAAAAAAA